AUGGCACCACAGCUGGCUGGAAGCAGCCAUUCGAGCUCUGCCAGCGACCAAGCGCACAGGCAAUCCUCGGAUCCCGCGUUGGAGAGUGGAUCCGACACGCAUGUUGGAUCUAUAGCACCCAAGACCGAAACCGACUUUCUUGUGUCAUUCACGGGCGAUGAUGAUCCGCGCAGUCCUAAGCACAUGUCGUCCGCGAGAAAGUGGCUGAUUGUAGCCAUUGUUUCCUCGACAAGACUAGGCCUGAGCCCGAUGAUUCUCGCCCCGCUGAGUGAGUUCUACGGGCGAAAGCCAGUUUACGUCGUGUCGAUGUUCUUCUUCGUGGUCUGGAUCAUCCCUUGUGCCGUGGCCCGUAACAUAGAGACCCUGAUCGUGGCGCGUUUCUUCAAUGGGUUUGCUGGGGCUGCGUUCUUGAGUGUUGCAGGUGGUACAGUCGGGGAUCUGUUUCCGAAGAAUAAGCUCCAGGCACCGAUGAUGGUCUAUACAGCAAGUCCUUUCCUCGGCCCGGAAUUGGGACCUGUGAUAGGAAACUUUAUCAACUCCUACCUGGAUUGGCGAUGGUCUUUCUAUAUUCUUCUGAUAUGGGCCUUUGCUCAAUGGGUCUCCAUCAGUCUUCUGGUUCCAGAGACGUAUCACCCGGUUCUUCUCCGGCGAGAAGCGCAACGGCUACGAAAGGAGACGGGGGAUGAUAGAUAUUACGCUCCUAUUGAAAAAAUGGAUCGGUCGAUAGCUCAGACCAUAAUACGCUCCUGCUAUAGGCCCUUUUUGCUUCUGACCCUCGAGCCCAUGUGUCUGCUCCUCUGCCUCUUCUGCUCGGUGUUGCUAGGUGUCCUGUACCUUUUCUUUGGUGCUUUCAGUCUUGUAUUCAAGGACAAUCACGGCUUCAACUUGUGGCAGGUGGGCUUGAGCUUCCUCGGGAUUACAGUGGGCAUGAUCAUCGGCAUCAGCACUAAUCCUUUCUGGCAUCGGAACUUUAUGAGACUGCUCCAAAAUCACGAAGCCAAGACCGGUACUGUGGGCUCAUCGGAACCGGAAUUCCGCCUCCCUCCUGCUGUUGGAGGAGCUCCUCUAGUCACGAUCGGCCUCCUUUGGUUUGCUUGGACGACAUAUCCUUCUGUCCAUUGGAUUGUCCCGAUCAUCGGGAGUGGUAUCUUUGGAGCUGGUGUGAUCAUGAUCUUCUCCGGCGUUUUUACAUUCCUUGUUGAUGCGUACCCGCUCUACGCCGCUAGUGCACUUGCAGCAAACAGCUUCUCAAGAAGCAUGUUCGCUGCGGCUUUUCCUCUCUUCGGGCAAGCAAUGUUUCGGAACCUUGGAUACCAAUGGGCCGGGUUUCUGCUCGCCAUGAUCACCCUUUUGCUGGCACCAUUUCCGUAUAUUUUCUACCGAUGGGGCGCAAAGAUCCGCCAACAUAGUAGAUACGCCGGGGCCAAGUAA